CCGGGCCGGGCCGAAGCGAGCGCCGGGCGGGCAGCGGCGCCAGAGCGAGUGGAGCCUUCGGGGUCCCCGGGUGGUGGCGGCGGCGGCGCAGAGGAGGAAGGCGGCGGCUCUCCCCCUGCCGGCGCGCGACCCGGUCCGUCCCGCGAGCUCGCGCCAGUCCCGCGGCCCGGCCCGGCCCCGGGCCCCUCCGCCGCCGCCACCGCCAUGGCCCGGCCGCUGGUGCCCAGCUCGCAGAAGGCGCUGCUGCUGGAGCUGAAGGGGCUGCAGGAGGAGCCGGUGGAGGGCUUCCGGGUGACGCUGGUGGACGAGGGCGACCUGUACAACUGGGAGGUGGCCAUCUUCGGGCCCCCCAACACCUACUAUGAGGGUGGUUAUUUCAAGGCUCGCCUCAAGUUCCCCAUCGACUACCCGUACUCCCCACCAGCCUUCCGGUUCCUCACCAAGAUGUGGCACCCAAACAUCUAUGAGACAGGGGACGUGUGCAUCUCCAUCCUCCAUCCUCCAGUUGAUGACCCACAGAGUGGGGAGCUGCCCUCAGAGCGGUGGAACCCCACACAGAAUGUCAGGACCAUCCUCCUGAGUGUGAUCUCCCUGCUGAAUGAGCCCAACACCUUCUCGCCUGCCAACGUGGACGCCUCAGUGAUGUACAGAAAAUGGAAGGAGAGCAAGGGGAAGGACCGCGAGUACACGGACAUCAUCCGGAAGCAGGUCCUGGGGACCAAGGUGGACGCAGAGCGUGAUGGCGUGAAGGUGCCCACCACACUGGCCGAGUACUGCGUGAAGACCAAGGCGCCGGCGCCCGACGAGGGCUCAGACCUCUUCUACGACGACUAUUAUGAAGACGGCGAAGUGGAGGAGGCCGACAGCUGCUUUGGGGAUGAAGAGGAUGACUCUGGCACCGAGGAGUCCUGACCCACGUCCCUGAAAUAAACUUACAAAUUUUACCUCAGCAGGACCCGUGUGGGCCUCAGGCGACAGACUACCUCACCGAGGUUCCAUGUGGGCUCCUGUCCAUGAUCCUUAGGUCCUCUUACCCCAUAUCCCCAUGGGUUCUCUCGGCUGUGGAGAAGAGCUGUGGUGCAGGGCAGACACCCUCUCAGCUUUCAGAUGAUGAUGAGCCUGGGAGGCUGGGGGCCAACUGCCUGGUGGGGACCCAGAGACUCCAGCCCAGCCCAAGGGGGCCAGCCCCACAGUCUCCUCCUCUCUGCUUUUGGUGUGUGUGAAAUCCAAAUAAAAUAGCUUUCUGAGAAGCUGA